AUGUCCACCGAUGACACCGAAUUCACAGGAUCUCCCCUCCACGUCCCUAUGCUACACAUAACAACCCACAACGCCUCCGGCCAAGCCAUCAUCCACAGCACCCAAAAGCCCAUCGCGAAACUCUACCCCAAACACCGCUUCACAGCAACAACCCUCUACUCCACCUCCACCAUGCCCGCAAACCUCAACGCCGACGCCGACCUCGACGCCCACACCACCCUGCUGAAGAACGUAAACACCCCCAUCGUCCAACCCAACGGCACAAUCCUCCGCUUCGCCGACUUCGCCCCUAACAGCCACGGCUUCAUGCACCGCACGCAAAGUCUCGACUACGGCGUCGUGCUGGAGGGGACGGUCGUGUUGGAGCUAGAUGAUGGGAGUACGACGACGAUGACGAAGGGGGAUACGGCGGUUCAGAGGGCUACUAAGCAUGCGUGGCAUAAUCCUAGUGGGACGGAGUGGGCAAGGGUGUUGUUUGUGUUGCAGGAUUGUGCGCCGCUGGUUGUUGAGGGGAAGGUGGUUGGCGACGAUUUGGGUUCGGCGAGGGGGGCUUUGUCGGCGAGGGGGAAGGAUUGA